CAACUAUUUAAUUUAUAACAAAAAUCCCGCGUAUGUCAUAUCAAGUUAUGACAGCGAGAAGAAGAAGAGGACAGUCUAUUUUCAAACAUUUGGAAAUUUUGUUGUGUCUACUUUAAAUUUAAUUUCGACGGAUGAAACUAAAUUGCAAAAAUGGAGAACUGUCGACGCAAGUUGAAAGCAUGUAGAAACAGGCAACAAAACAUGCGCAAUAAUUAUGGUGAACCAAUGCCUUUUAACAAUUUUUAUGACCGAAGGGGAAUGAAAAGGAACUAUGAAUCACAGGAGACGUACUUUGACAACAAGAGAGGCAGAUAUGAUGAAGAACACUAUUAUCAGGACAAUUACAAUUUUAAUAACAACAACAACUAUAAUGCAGGCUUCAAAUUUGGACAGAAUUUUAACUACAAUUCUAAGGGCAAGUAUUCUGCAAAUAAUCGCUUAAACCAGAUUAAAGCAAACAAUAUUCGUGAAAAUAAUAACAAUAAUCAACCAGGACCUAGUAAUAAGUGUGGGAGUAAUAUUGUACCUGAAAUUAUAAAAUCUCAAACUUUAGUUAUUCCUGAUACUCCUAAAUGUGAAACUAUAGUUAUACCUGAUUCUCCACAAUCAUCAAAAGUAUUCAAGACACCAGGUGAAGCUCCUGGUUCUGGUAAAAAAAAUAUUGCUGCUUCUAGACUGAAAAAUUUAAGACAGAGCCUUGAACUACAAAAGACUGAAGAACAAAAGACUGAACCCACUGCAAAUAAUCAAGAGAUGUGUGUGGAUGGAAAUGGUGUUCAGAUUUCACCAAUUGAAUCACCUCAAACAGUAACACCAAUGAGUGAUACAUUAAAAGAGUCCACACAACCUAAAGAUAAUUUUUCUGAUAUUUCAAUGUCACAGAGAUUUGAAAAGAAGAUUGAUAAGAAUUCUUUUACUAGUGAGUGGGUCCAGAAUACUAAUUUUGAUGGAGAUUCUUCAUCAUUCAUGGAAGUCUCUACAUAUGUUAGAGCCAGUGAUACAGUGGCAGAUUUGGAUACAAUCAAUGAGGAUGUUAUUGAAAUGGAAUGGAAUACUGAGGUAAAUUCCAAAAAAGUAUUUGCAGGAAUACCUAAAAAAUCUCAGGAUGUUUGCGUGGUUGUAGAUACUAAUAUAUUUAUGCACAACUUGGAUAAAAUUAAAGAUAUUGUUAGAAUAAAAGUAUCUGGAGCUGUUUUGCCAGUAAUUUUAAUUCCUUGGAUGGUUAUACAAGAAUUGGAUUACUUGAAAGAUUCAAACAAAGAUUUUAGUGUGAAAAAAUCUGCCUUCACAGCAAUAAAAUACAUUAAUGAGUUGCUUGGUCAAAGUCAUCCAAGAUUAAUAGGUCAAACUAUUUUUGAAGUAGACAAGCAGAGAGAUAUGGGCAUUGCACCUGAUGAUAAAAUAAUUUCUUGUUGUUUACAAGCCUUGGAAAAAUAUGAAUUUGUAUUUGUAUUUUCAAAUGACAUCAACUUGAAAAACAAGGCAAUGAUCCAUAACAUUCCAGCAUACUCCACAAGUGAAAUUGUAAUUAGAAUAAUGGCAAAGUUAAACAAAGCAGGGAAAGUUCAAGCUGUACUGACAAAAAUGGGCAUGACUUGCACAUACAUUAUAGUAGAAUGCAUGAAAGAUUGUUAUGGAGCUGCGUGGUCGAAAAUGGACAUGAUGACUUCAGAACAGCCUUGGCCAUUUAUGAAAUGCUUGAAGAUUUUAAAACGAUAUUGGGCUACUGUUUUUAGAGAAAAACUCCUCAAACAGUUCUUGAGGACUGUUGAUCAGAUUCUAACAUUUCUCAACAGUGGGAAACAUAUUUGUGACGAUUCUAAGGAGUACAUAGACUUUGUGAAGAUGUGCGUUACUUUGUGCAUCUUCUUUAAAGAUAUGCCUCAGCAUAGAAACGUGGCUGAGAAAACAAUAAGUGAUAUUACAAUUUUAAGUUAAAUGUCGCAAUUUAGUUACGUGUGUUGUUUUUGAUAUUAUUUAUUAUUAUUGAAGUUUGUUACUUUAGUUUAUAAACGGAUAGCGCUAAAAAUAGCAUUACCUGUACUGUCCUGAUAUAUUAGAAAGCUACAAGCUUUUUACUGUUGAGACCGUUUUAUUAUUCAAUAUUUUUUUAGGAUUUUUUUUAUUUACUUUGAAACUAAAAUUGAAAAUGAGAUUUAUUGUUGUAUGAAGAGUGUCCCAAAAAUAUUCAUAUUUUUGUACACAGUUAUCAAAUAAAGGUUUUUCGUUAAA